GUGUCAUUUGCGUUAGCUGAUCUCCAAAAGUUUUCACGGUUCUGCUUCAGGAAUCACUUUGUGUAUUGCUUGUUGUACGAGGCAAUGACAAGCAAACAAUCUGUUGUAUGACAAACAAAUGAGAGCCUUGGCGGAGUGUAUUGUUGUCAGAAACACUUGUGGAUACCAUGAGAUAUAAACCAAGGAGAUUGGAUCUACCUGGAUUUAAUAUUAGCCUCUGGGAAGUUGUUGCCAAAUGUUUCACCUAUUUGGGGAUCAAUUGCUGCAUUACUGUAUGUAUAUAAUGUUCUGACAAUGCACCUAUUUACACGUAUGUACUGGGAUGUGCGUACAUGAGAGUGUUGAUAUUAAUUGAAUUAAUUAAUCAAAUUACAAUUUACUUGGCAACUUUAAACAUGAGUUUCUAAGCUAUAUGUGCAUGCGCAUGAAUGCAGGAGUUGUUGGUUUAUAAAAGUAUUACUCACUGUAGUUGAGCACUUUAAUACCUUUAUACAAAAGAAUGGAUAAUUUGACAAGUCUAAAGCUGGAUGGCUUUGACUAUUAGUAGUGGAAUACAAGGAUCAGUUUGACAAAGUCUGGAAUACAAGGAUCAGUUUGACUAAGUACUGGAAUACAAGGAUUAGUUUGACUAUUGGAAUAAAAGGAUCAGUUUGACUCACUAGUGGAAUAUAAAUGCCCAAGGAUUGGCUUGACUAACUUUUGGAAUACAAAGAUUGGUUUGACCAUGACAACUUUGACUAUCUGCUGGAAAUGUAGAAUGUUAAAAACUAUUUGAAACAUAAAGAUUGAAUGCAAGGAUUGGUUUGACUAACUUGUGGAAUACAAUGAUUGGUCCGUUUUGAUAGUUGAAUACAUGGAUUGAUUUGACUAACAUGGAGAAUACAACUAUAAUUUACUCUUUACUAACUAGUGAAAUACAAGGAUUAGUUUCACAAACUAGUGGAGUGGAGGGAUCGGUUUGACUAAAUAGUGGAAUACAUGUACAAAGUUUAUUUUGACUACUUAGUGGAAAAUAUGGAUCAUCGUGACUAAUGUAGGUAAUACAAAUGGAAUACAAUAAUACAAGGAUUGGUUUGAUUAACUAGAUGAAUGCAAUGAUUGCGAUGGGUUUGACUAUAAAUAAUAGUUGAAUAGAUGGAUUGGUUUCACCAGUGGAAUGCAAGGAUUUGAUUCUUCUGAUACUGUUUGUACACUUGAUGAUUUCAAAGUUUCCUCUUGGACUGUUUCCGAUGGGCUGCAGGAUUUGCGUUGUCAUGUUGUGACCGGUGGUACUGCGGUAGUAGUCAUUCAUUCAGCAUGAUACCAUCAUCUAUUGACUGAGGUCUACCUGACAUAUGGUCAUUGUGAUGACUUCACCACAGCCCAUAGCCAAUCACAGGCCUCCGCUGCUCCCUGCCAAACCGGAGGCCCGCCCCCGGCGGCCCCUGCAUCUCAACCUUGAGGAAGGCCAGUUGAGAAAAAGGAUUCAUCUGUUUGAAGAAUUGACCAAUUCACGUUCAAAAGAUGAAGGGAAGGGUGAAGACACCAACCUUCGGUGCAGGCAACCAAGGGUCAUCAGCCCUGACCAGAAGCGCUGGACGCAACUGGAUUUCACUAAUGACGAGCCGGGUAAUCGAAAGGAAGUGUCACGACAGAAGCAUGGUCAGCAUAGCAUGCAUCCAGGUCACAAACGAAGCCCACUGUCUCCUCCUCCUCCACCCAAGCCCCUUCCAUCACCUAGGAGAAAAGUGGAGAUCAAAGUGCCACUAUCAGAACCAUUGGUCAACGGGAAGGCAGUGGUGCAAACAAAGCGGGACAGGCCUCUCACAGGAGAUACUAGAGCAGUGAGGGAGGAGAAUGUCAGGAACUCUGUGUUGGCAAUUGUCAGCGCGUUUGAGAAUGGCAAGUCCUCAAUGGCUGUCGAACGGAAGUCAAAGAUGUUGACUGUUCCAGAGGGCGGUAGGAUACGCACAAGCAGUGAGUCCACAGCACCUAAUGGCACCAUGUCCCUGACAAGGAGUGGAGCUGACAGCCUAAUGCCUCCUGCUCCUCUACAGAAGAAUAGAAUGUCUCGUAGUAUGGACAGCCUGGUGCUUGAAUUUGAGUCAGUUGCAUUUGAUCUAAGUCAGACCAACACAAGACAUAAAAGCGAUGGUAGUUCAUCACCCGAUUCUGUUCCCCGUACCCCUAGUCCCAUAUUUCAUAAACCACAUCCUGUUCCCCACAAAGCAGACCAUGGUCCGCAUAGACCAAAUCCUGUACUCCCUAAGCCAGAUCCUGUUCCUUGUAGACCAGAUUCGGUACUCCAUAAACCGGAUCUUCCUACUCACAGACCAAAUCCUGUACUCCCUAAGCCAGAUCCUGUUCCUCAUAGACCAGAUUCGGUACUCCAUAAACCAGAUCUUUCUGCUCUCAGACCAGAUUCUGAACUCCAUAAACCACACCCUGCUCCACGUAGCCUAGAUUCUGUACUUCCUAAACCGGACUCCGUACUCCAUAAACCACAUCCUGUUCCUCAUAGUCCAGAUCGUGUACUCCAUAAACCAGAUCCAGUUCCCCAUAGACAAGACCCAGUUUCUCAUAGACCAGAUCCUGUACUCCAAAAACUGGAUCCUGCUCCUCAUAGACCAGAUCCUGUUCCCAUUAAACAAGACCCUGUUCUUCUUGAACCAGAUCCUACACCUGCUAAAACCGAUCCUGUAACUGAUAGAAGAGAUUCCAUUACGUGUGAUGCAAACCAUGGUCCCCAAAAACCAGAAAGAACUUUCGAACAGGACAUAUACAACCAGAGUAAGCUUGAGCAGAGUAAUGGGCAGGUGCUAAUCAUUGUGAAUGACGAGGAUGAGGAAGGUCAGAACCUGUCCAGAACCAGAUUGCCCGAGCCAAAGCGAACUAACAUUCAGGAUGCGUACGAUAAGAGCAAAGCGUUGCGAUUGAAACAUUGCUUGUCAAAUGGUGACGUCUUGAGGGAACUGAAAACUGGUCAACCAGUGCCAAGAACAAGAAGUGCAAGGAGAGCCGAUGGGUCUCCAGAAUACUAUCGGGUUAACCCUGAGAACUGCAGUAGAAAUUGCAAUCAUAAUGUUGAAACAGAAGAUAAUACCUCUCUGAAUGGAUAUCAUAAAUAUGAGCAGGUGUCUGAGGUUUAUCCCAAACCUGGGAAAAAGGUUGUUGAUUCUCUGGUUAUUGACAACAAUAAUCAGUCGUCAUUGUUGAAUAUCCUUAAGUCACCUGUGAGUCGGAGACCUAGGCUGGCAUCUCCGUUACCUAAACAGGCAAAAGUCCACCCAACCUCGCGACCCCCUCCAAUACCCGAAACUCCACCCAAAUUACCAAACCACCCCCCACAAAGGCGUCAGCCACCUAACCUCAAACUGAUAUCUCCAGAAACUGUCGCUAAGGAGAGAUCCAAGCUCUUAUCACCGCCCACAUCACCGCUUGAAGAUUCAGGAUGCGUUUCACCAGAAACACAGCGGCGAAUGACCGAUAGUGCCUUGAUACCGAACCUUUCACCAAGGACCCAUCGGAGAAAUGUGGAAGAAGCACGGAGGACUAAUUUAUCCCCCAUUAUGGGAGAAUACGCUGAGCCUAUCCUCAUCAAGAGGUCAUUGAGUGAUGAGAGUUUAGCCACUCUGCGGAGACCAUCCCCAAUCGUUGAUAGCCAAGGGUAUUCCGUUCCAGGAAGUCAUUUGUGGGAAUCGCCAAAGUUCCACACCAUGAAGCCUAAGCCUGUACUCAGACGAGAGAAACCCCCAACCAAAUUGCCUACCCACUUGGAAGUGGAAGAGUCCAGGGAUAAGAGUUGGAAUGGAUGCGCACAGGAGGUGAUGGCACGUACCACUAAGGAAGCAGGGUUGGGCAGUCUGGAUGGCAAGAAGGAGGGAUUCAGACAGAGGAGCAAAUUGCUGACAGUGAGUUGUUGA